AUGCCAGAGGUUCCAGAGAUUCCUAAUCUGACCUUGGUGGGAGUCUUUCAUUUGGAGAUGUGUGGCACAGUGCCCAUGUUUAAAGUUGAUAAAGUAUACAAUACCCCUAAGAAGGAGGCCAGGAAUAAGAACACUUGGCUCUUCAACCAUCACAGGGCUAAUGGAAAGGAAUAUCCUGACACCCAAGUACAAAUUCACAACAUAACCAAUCAACAGGAAAGGCCUAAGCUGCCUCCAACUGUGGACUGGAGAAAGAAGGGUUGUGUGACCCCUGUCAGGAGCCAGCACAAAUCAAAAUGUGGAUCUUGCUGGGCCUUUAGUGCGGUAGGUGCAUUGGAGUCUCACGUGUGCAUUAAGCAUAAGUACAUUCCCACAUUGAGUGUUCAGCAGCUACUGGACUGUGCCAAGUCAAGUGAAAAUCAUGGCUGUCGUGGCGGCUCUGUGGACCACGCCUUCGAAUAUGUGAAACACAGCCAUGGCAUCGUCACUGAAAAGGCCUACCCAUACAAGGCUAAGACAUUGAAAUGCCGUUUUCAAGGGAAAAUACCACAUAAAAAAGUUGCUGCCCGCUGCCUUGACUAUAAACAAGUGCCACAGGGAGAUGAACGUGCUCUGCAGAAAGCGGUGGCACUCUUCGGUCCUGUGUCCGUGACUCUACACACUGUACACGACACUUUUGAAAACUACAAGUCUGGUGUUUAUUAUGACCGUCGGUGUGUUAACACAAUGGAGAAUUUCAAUCAUGCUAUGUUGGUGGUGGGUUAUGGUACUACUAAAGAAGGGAAAGACUACUGGCUGGUGAAAAACAGUUAUGGCCUCAGGUGGGGUGAGGGAGGCUACAUCAAGAUGGCCAGAAAUAAGAAGAACCACUGUGGCAUAGCUACAUUCGCCUUUUACCCCAUAGUAGCCUGACGCUGCAAGUUGCAUUUGCCUGGAUGCUGGAUGUCCCAGGAGCAGCAUGCUGAUGCUUAGCUAUGUAAUGGCAUGAUUGAUAAAUGUUAGAUAAUGUCUUCAAUGUAAUACGUGAUGUGUUAAUUGCAACUACAUGAUGCACGAUAGAUGUCUACAGAAUGCAUUAUGAAUGUACCUGGGUAAUAACAGAUACUGUAGCCUACAUGUUAGUGCA